AUGGCGUACGGUGCGCACACGACGCUGUUUACGUUCGGACUGGCUCAGGUGAGUUUCGCGCCGGCCAUCGACCACCUCUCAGCUCUUCUGAAAGCGAGAGGAAGAGCCAAAGCAGGUUUUUAUUGUGCGAGGACACGUUACUUCCAUUUGUUCGUUGCCAAUUCGCUCACGAACAUAUUUUGUGUUAGUCAUGCUGCAUACAACUGGCAAUCAGCGAGUAUUGUUCAGACUGGUUAA